AUGGUCAGAGCCUCGGGCCAGACGGUUUCCUUCUACAACAGAGACCAGCGGGGAGAAACCCAGAGGGUCACGUUCGACAGCAGCCCGGUGAAGAGGAUCUUCCACGGCAGCUUCCACAAGCUCCACAUCCUGGUCUCUCCCGGGGGCGUGCGGCUGGACGUGGACUGCCAGGAGACGGAGCAGAAGCCCCUCGGCCCCGCCGGGAACACGUCCGCAGACGGGUACCAGGUCCUGGGCAAGGCCUCCAGGGCCAUCGGGGCCACCGGCCAGUCCGCCACCGUAAGUGGGCCCGUUGCCACGGCGACGACGGCCGCCCGUUGCCACGGCGACGGCCGCCGGCCGGCCGAAGUGAGUCUGCGGGUGUGUGCCCCCCCCCCCGCCAUGCUGCUGGCGGCCCUCCUCCUCCUGACGCUGCCGCUGAGCGCGCCGCAGCUGGUGCGCUGGGGCGCGUGUCCGAGCCCGCGCGUGCAGCCCAACUUCGACCUCCACAAGAAGUCCAUUCCUAUCUGCGGGUGUGUGGUGCCCCCCCCCCCCGCCAUGCUGCUGGCGGCCCUCCUCCUCCUGACGCUGCCGCUGAGCGCGCCGCAGCUGGUGCGCUGGGGCGCGUGCCCGAGCCCGCGCGUGCAGCCCAACUUCGACCUCCACAAGUACCUGGGCCGCUGGUACGAGAUCCAGAAGAUCCCCAACACCUUUGCACGAGGCAAAUGCAUCCAGGCCCAGUACGCGCUGCGCAAGGACGGGACCAUCCGCGUGCUCAACUGCCAGGUCUUAAAAGAUAAAACCAGAUGUGGAGAAGGCACGGCUGUGAUUAAGGACAUGAGGGAAAAGGCCAAACUAGGAGUCAGCUUCUCGUUCUUCACCCCCUACAGCCCGUACUGGGUCCUGAGCACGGACUACAGCAGUGUUUCCAUCGUGUACUCCUGCACGGACGUGCUCCACCUGUUCCGGUACGAGUACGCCUUCAUCCUGUCCCGCUCUCGCUUCCUGGACCCCAGGACCCUGCAUCACGCCCGCGGGCUGCUGGACACGGAGGGGCUGGACACCUCCAGGCUCCAGGCCACAGAUCAGACCGGCUGCAAAGACCUCUAG